UCACAAAGGAAUACAAUGUAUUAUUUUUAUAUUUUUAUAUUCAUUUUUCUCGUAAUGAUUACAAGGAUAUAUUUCAUCAUGUUUCGUACACACAAGAGAAAAGAAAAGAAAUUAGUUCGGACUAGUCCUGCUAAAACAAUGAUAAUAUUAGGAUCUGGAGGACAUACUGCAGAGAUGAUGAGAAUCCUUAGAUAUUUAGAUUUUAAGAAUUACUACCCUAGAGUAUAUGUAUAUGCUGAUACAGAUUUAAUGAGUAUACAAAAAGUUAAAGAGCUAGAGAAGGAUAAUACUGAUUAUAAGACGAUCGUAAUUCGUAGAAGCAGAGAAAUCCAUCAGUCGUAUUACACUUCCAUUUAUACUACUAUUCGUGCGACAGUGGAAUCAAUUCCUCAUAUCUGGAGAGAAUCUCCACGACUGCUUUUAUGUAAUGGACCAGGCACUUGCGUUCCAUUGUGUACAAUAGCUUUCCUGUUUAAACUUUUUUAUAUCAUGGAUAUUACUAUUGUAUUCAUUGAAAGUUUCUGCAGAGUUAAAACAUUAUCAUUGACAGGGAAGAUCUUGUAUUACAUAGUCGAUUAUCACAUAGUACAGUGGCCAUAUUUGUACAAACCAACUGACAGAAAUAAUAAAACAUUGUAUAUAACUUGAA